AUGGAGAAGUUUCAGCCAAUCAGAGAGAGCAGCUCUGAUGACUCACCGGUUGCCGGGCAGACCCGCAGCACCCAGUGUUCCCCACCUGGACCCCGCCCUCCCCGCGCAACCACGAUCCCCCCGCGGGGUCCCCCCAAGUCCCGCCUCCCAAUUCCGAGCCCCAGCGUCAGGAAGACGACGCCCAACUUGAAGACCCCGAUCCCCGUCAGCACUUUGCUGCACCCGGUGUCCGGCGGCAACAUCAUUGGGUUCCGCAGGGGUCCAGGCUGUGCCCCAGUGCAGGCUCAGGGGGUGCUCCAGGCUGAUGUGCUCCACCUGGAAGCUGGAGGUCGAACCACGCAUGCGUCGCUGGCUGCUCCCGGGUCGGGCUGUCCUUCUGAUUCCCCUCCCGGCUGUGACCCGCCCCCCCCGGGCGUGGCUGGCCCCGCCGCCGCUCCUGUGCCGGCAGCCGAGACCCGCCCCGUCCCCGGCAUGGGCGGCGCCACCCCCGUGAAUCCCGCCCGCCGGUCCCGCCCGGAGCCGCCUCCCCCCGGCCGCGAGAAAUUCCCCCGCCCGCCGCGUCUGAGAGCGAUCCCGCCGCCCCUGGGGGUCGCUCCGCCUGGGUUCCCCAUGAGGCGCCACUGA